AUGUUUACUGGCGAAAAGAAACCUCAGCAAUUUUCGUAAGUUUGAAACAAUUCUCAAAUGAUAUUGAAUGAAAAUUUUAGGUACGUUCCGAAAAUUUUGAAUGGAGGAUUAGCUGGAAUUAUCGGAGUCUCAUGUGUUUUCCCUCUAGAUUUAGUGAAAACUCGACUUCAAAACCAAACUGUUGGAGCUGAUGGUAAACUUCAAUAUAAAGGAAUGUGAGUAUAACAUAUAUUCAAUCCAUUUUCUCAAAAAUAUCUUUUAACUGUUUAGUGCGGAUUGUGCCAAGCAGACAUGGAGGGCUGGAGGAGCAUCCAGCCUUUCCAAAUUCAAAGGAAUGUACAGUGGUUCGGGAGUGAAUAUUCUUCUCAUCACUCCUGAAAAGGCUAUCAAACUUGUGGCGAAUGACUUCUUCCGUCAUAAGCUUGCUAAAGAAGGCGAGAAUCAAUUGUCUGUGGGCAGAGGGAUGUUGGCCGGAGGAUUGGCUGGAAUGUUCCAAAUCACUGUUACAACUCCUAUGGAACUCUUGAAGAUUCAAAUGCAAGAUCAAGGACGGACACUUAGUGAGUUCGUGGAAUGUUGCUCUGUUAAAAUCAAUCAGAAAGUGCUGCGUUGCCACCAAGCUUUAGCUCUCACUGAAUUAUCAAAUGUUUUCAGAACCGGGUCAAAAAAAAUUGUCAGCCACAGAGCUCACAAUGAAGUUGGUAAAAGAAAAUGGAAUUGCCGGCCUCUACAAAGGACUAAGCUCGACUCUGGCUCGAGAUGUCACGUUCUCCGUUAUUUACUUCCCUUUGUUUGCCUAUCUCGACUCAUUGGCUCCAAGAAAAUCGGACGGAAGCGGCGAUGCCGUAUUUUACGGAUCCUUCCUCGCUGGUCUCACUUCUGGAGCAACUUCGUCAUUUGCCGUGACUCCAUUGGAUGGUAAUACUUUGUGUUUCAUGAAAAAGAAAGACUUCUUUCAAAAUUACAGUUAUCAAAACAAGAAUGCAAACGAUCAACAAAGGAGCAAACGAAGUGGUUUACAAGAACAUCCCUGAUGCUUUCGUGUAUGUUAACAUUAGCCUAUUAUCAAAAUCAUUCUUUUUUUCAGCACGAUUUUGAAAAAUGAAGGUCCAAAGGCUCUGUUUAAGGGAGCUGCGUGUCGUAUGAUGGUGAUGGCGCCGCUGUUCGGAAUAGCUCAGACCGUUUAUUAUAUCGGAGUUGCUGAGAAGUUUCUAGGAAUACAGAAAGGAGCUCACGUUUAA